AUGACUUGCUCCGCUAAAGAAUGUAUUUGUGCUAAGAACUCCACUUGCUCUUGUGGUGAACAACCAGCUUUAAAAUGUACCUGUGAGAAGGCUUCAGUUGAAAACGUUAUUCCAGAAGUCGGAAAUGCUUGUGCUUGUGGUAAAAGAUCAAAGAGCGGCUGCACCUGCGGCGCCAGUGGACACUGUGAAGUCAGCAGAGAAGGUGAAAUUGAUUUCACUAACGUUAAAUAA